GUGGAGGAGAAUGCUGGAUUUGUUAGAGUUUGUGUUGAACUAUUUGAUGGUUGUCUUCAGAGAGAUGUUUAUAUUGAGAUCAAGAAGCUUGAUGCCACAGCCAUGAAUGAAGCGGAUUUCGUGGGGGGCAAAUAUCAAUUACACUUUGAGAAUGGCUCGGUGUCUGGGGCAAUAGACUGUAUCGACAUGGAGAUCAUAGAUGACAACAUCAAGGAGGGGAAUGAGUCAUUUCUGGUUGUUUUAUCUCCCGGAGGAGAUGAGGCUGUUCACCUAGUCAACCACUAUGCUGAUGUAUACAUCAUUGACGACGACUGGGUGAAUGUGACUCUGUCACUGGCUAACCCAGCUGGUACAGUAAAAGAGAGUAAUGGAGCUAUGCUUGUUCUGGUUGAAUUGGAGGGAGUGAUAAAGACCGAUGUGACAGUGAUAGUCAAGACUUAUGAUGGAUCUGCUCUGAAAGGUCUCGACUAUGUCUCAGUGACAAAAGAAAUUGUAUUUACCAACUACUCAGAGAAUCCACACCGUCUCUACAUACCCAUUGUCAAUGACUGUGACUGUGUUGAGGAGUAUGAGUACUUCUCAGUGAACAUAACCACUUACAUGGAUUGUGUCCAUCUACCAGUCGAAUAUGUCCACAUCACAAUAAUAGAUGAUGACAUUCCUGAAGUGACCCUCGAAAGAAUGAUCUAUGAAGUAUAUGAGGAUGACACAACUGUGUCUUUAUGUGUUGAGCUUAAAUCCGACCUAAAACGUGAUCUUGAGGUUCAUCUCUAUUUGCAGGGAGUCACUGCCACUGCUGGUACAGACUUUGAUGGAACAUCUCCACUGACGCAAACCUUUGUCAAUGGAUCAACUGUUGGAGACAGAGUCUACUUUGACAUUCCAAUAUUUGAUGAUGAUAUUGUGGAAAAAGAAGAGUUCUUUUCGGCUUUGCUUAAUGCAGAUGCGAAAAUACACAUAGAUACUGCAUAUGUGCAAAUAACAGACAAUGACACUGCCUGUGUCAACUUCUCACAGUCAGUGUAUGAAGUACAGGAGAGCAAUGGGUCUGUAGAAAUUUGUGUGGAUGUUGAUGGUACUCUUGAAGACUACCUGACAGUCUAUCUCUUUACCAUUCCCGGUACUGCCACUGCUGCUGACUUUUAUCCACUGAGUGAGAGCCUCACAUUCCACGAUGGAGGGCGACAGUGUGUGAACAUCAGCAUUGUGACUGGAGAUGCUCUUGAGAACGUCGAGAAGUUCUCAGUCGUCUUGUCUACUCGGGAUGAGCGCCUUGAAAUAAAGCGCUACUACACAACAGUUUAUAUUGUUGAGGAUGGCGCUGUCACAAUUGGCUUCAGUCAGAAUGUAUAUCAAGUGGAAGAAGAGGAUGAAAAUGGAGAAGGAAGCAUCGUUGAAAUCUGUGUGGAGGCUGGAGACCUUGACAGAGAAAAUGUGAAUGUCUAUGUUACCACAAGUAGCCAGACUGCUAUAGCUGGUGAAGACUAUUCUGAUGUCCUUGCUGAGCUUAGAGUGCUGAAGUUUAAGUUUCAGCGAAGAAGGAGAUUUAUUGGUAGCAUCACUGAGGAGCAGUGUUUCAAUGUCACCAUUCUGAGCGAUCCUUUUGUGGAAGAAGACGAAGUGUUUUUGGUUCAACUGUCCACUGAUGACCCUGGAGUUGUACUUAGUCCGGAAGAGGCAGAGGUUGUCAUUGUCAACAAUGACUAUAUUGAUGUGAACUUGGUGGCAGCUGAUAUUGACGUGCUGGAAAGUGAUGUGGCAGCACAAGUUUGUAUUUUUAUAACAGAUGGAAUGUUAGCCAUUGAUGUUGAAGUGCUCUUACCACUGAUGAUGAUUCUGCAACAGCUGGAGAGGACUAUGUGGGCCAUGUAAACACACCAUUGGUGUUCACUUCUGGAUCCACUGUUGGAGCGCAAGUCUGUGAAGACAUUGUCAUUGAUGAAGACAACAAGCUGGAGGAUGAUGAACAGUUCACAUACUCACUGACCUCCAAUGAUCCUGUCGUGUUUCUUGCCAGCGGUGGCACUGUAACCAUCGAGGAUAAUGACAGUGUGGAUGUUGCCUGGGCGGAGAGUGUUUUCACAGUGCGAGAGGAUGAACUAACACUCAUGGCCUGUGUCGAGGUCCCUAGUGAAAUUUUGUGUCGGGACAUCGAACUCUUUGUGUCCACCGCAGACUCCACAAUGUCACCACAAGCUACUAGUGAUGUAGAUUAUCAGUCUCUGAGUAUGCAAAGUCUGACUGUGCCUGCCGGCUCCAGUUCAGCGUGUGUAUCUGUUACACUGAUUGAUGACAAUGAGGCAGAGUCUGCCGCAGAGUUCUUUGAUCUGGUCCUCGGUUCCUCUGACUCAGACGUUUCUAUCUCCUCUUCUCUGGCCGUAGUUGAACUUCAGAAUGAGGAUCGUGAGUAUAAUUAUAUACUUCAACCCCUAGCUUUAUGACUAAUUACCAAACACUUAAACAAUUUUCUCCAAAAGUUUACAGCAGUAUCAAUGAAUUAUCUUAAUCCCACUGUUUUUACUGCUUACUGUCCCUCCUGCAGUUGAGAUUGGGCUGAUGCCAUUUACAGUCUGCGAGAACUCUCCAAUUCUCACGGCUUGUGUUACUGUCACUGGUGAAAGUGUGGAUGUGGCUUCUUUCGAUUUCUUCACUUCCCCCACUGGAACUGCAACUGUGGGAGACGACUACCAGGCUGCUAGUUCCAGUUUCAACUUUGUCACUGGAGACAACCCUCCCUGUCUAAAUAUUCAGAUAGACGAUGAUUCAGAGAGGGAGAGCUGUGAGACAUUCAUGCUACAGUUGUCCACAUCUGACCCCAACAUCAUUCUCUCACCGGGGGCUGCAACCGCCACCAUCUAUGACGACGAGGAUCCAAGUAUUGAGUUCAUCAAUGACACACCAGACAUCACUGGCCAGAUUCUAACAUCUCAGCUAUUGGAAGAAGGCUGUAUUGCCAGACUUGUAUGUCAGGUAGAAGAUGGAGUCCGAUUCAGCUGUACUAAUCCGUCCAUCAUUGAGCUCAACAAUGCUGGUGUUAAUACACUGUCCAUCACUGCAAAUGGAUUCUGUCAAAAUAGCGAUUCUCUCUCUCGUGACGUUCGAUCUGACAAUGUAAGGUGCCACGUACAUCAAAUCAAUGGAGGAGAUGAGCAGGCAACUGUGGUUGGGAAUAGUGCAACUGUCAUGUUUGAAGGAACCGGUCCAUCUGCUGGCAAUGUUGUCACUGAUUUUAGAAUUUUGGUGGAUCUGUUCAACCCUGCAACAGGAGUGUUUGAUACCCAGCAUGAAUUCCCGUGCUCUGACACCGCAGCUGCGUCUCCGUUUACUGCAACAUGUGUUGUGGAGGCCGCUACUUUCCACGGGACUAUAACAGUGUCUGGAUUCUCCAGCGUUGGCAGAUGGGGCCUACGUAUUCAGCCACUCCAGCCUCCCAGUGGUCUGCAGUGUACACGACGUGCCCCACGAAGAUUUGAAUUUGAUAUAACUAGCAUAUGAGUUGCCAUUUUGGUAGCUGUACAAACAAGACUGCAUUCAUAGUUACCUUCUAUUCUAUAGCAGUUUAUGGGUAUGAUGUAUUUAUCUCAUCUCGCUGUUUUGUGACCUCAAAACAUCACCAAAUGUCUCUGUCAGAUAAUUUGCCAGCUAGGAACGCAGUCAACACACAAACUAAUAACCCAC